AAAGAAGGGUGAUAGUCUUCAAAAAAAUUCAAGCUAAUGGCUAAAAAAGAAUUUGAUCAAAGAUUCAAAAAAGAAAUGUGCACUCAAGACGAGGAAUGUUCAGCACCAGGAGGAGAUAAGGGGAAAGAGAAGGAGGAACAUACAGUUGUUCCAAGAGGAAAAGAAGAAAAAGAAAAGAAACCUGGCACUAAACCAUCACCAAUCAGUCCCGCAUUCAAAGGAACACCGAAGGAAAGACCAAAUUGUGGAAAGACUAAGAAUGAGACAAGUGGAAAGAAGCUCAGGUCGAAUGACGUGUCUCCGGAUGUCAAAGACAGACUCCAACUGUCAGAACACGGACCUUCAAAAACCUGCAUAAAGGAUUUCCAAUGGCUUGAAGACUUCAUCACAAAAAUGCCGUGCUUCCACGGAUUCAUUGGUCGAGAAGACCUGAUGUCAGUGCUGAAAAAUGUCGGUGACUUUCUCAUUCGAACAUCUGUGCAACCAAACAAGCAUGAAGUGGAGAAAAUGAAAAAGAAUCAGGCAGAUGUGAAGGUUCUGGGAAAUUUGAGUCGAGAGAAGUGUGCAAAGAAGGAGAAGGAGAAAGAGGAAAAGUUGGCAGGAAUGGGAGAUGUUGGAAGACGCGAAUUCGUCAUAUCAGUUUAUUGCAAAGACAAAGAGAAACCAGCAACUGAUAAACCUCAAUACACGCCAAUUCGAAAUCUUGUGAUCAAAAGAGACAAUGGAAUGGUUCAUGUUGAACCACUACGUAAAUUCAAAACUCUUACGGAAUUUUUUGGAUAUUAUCAGAAAAAUUCCGGGAUUUGCAAAGAGACUGACUUCCAACUGAUUACUCCAAUUCCGCUGUCCAACUGGGAAUUCAUUCAUGAAGAUAUUGCACUGCAGCAGAAGAAGCUCGGAGAAGGAGCAUUUGGAGAGGUUCGCAUUGGGAAAAUGAAACUGAAAUCGACGAAGAAAACGGUUGAAGUCGCUGUGAAAAUGCUUCGAAAUGCCGAAGUAGUGAUACGCGAACAAGUUGGUGAAUUGUUACACGAAGCACGAGUCAUGCGAAUGAUGGAUCACAAGAAUGUGCUCAGAAGUUAUGGUAUUGCUGUGCUCAAAGAGCCGCUCUAUUUGAUGACUGAAAUGUGUGCAUGUGGUGCUCUCCGUGAGUAUCUCCGUGAGAAUCAGGAAACAGUGACACUUGCUGAAAAGUUAUUUUUUGUUGUUGGUUCAUCUCGUGGUGUACAAUAUCUUCACUCACAAAAAACAAUUCACAGAGAUUUGGCAGUUCGGAAUAUUCUUCUCAGUGAGGAUAGAACGCCAAAAAUUUCUGAUUUUGGAUUGGCAAAAAUCAGUGAACGAUACGAGAUGAAGGAACAGUGCAAGAUUCCUGUACGAUACCUGGCACCUGAGACUCUCGAAAGCUUCAUCUUCACAACAAAAACUGAUGUUUUCUCAUUUGGAUGUGUCAUUUGGGAGAUCUAUGAGAACGGGAAUCAACCACAUGAUGGAAAGAAUGCACAGACGAUUCGAAACUUGACGAAGAAGAAUCAGUUCUUGAAAUUAACCAACUCGGCGCCUUCCGAACUCCGAAAAUUGAUCGAGGAACGAGUUUUCACGUCUGAUCCUGAAAAUCGAUGUUCCAUGACAACAAUUGUGCAGUGCGCCGAAAAGAUUGAGAAGCCACCGGUCGGGAUGAAAUGAUGCUUCUUGACUUCUUGACUUGAUUUUUUUGGUUUUUCAUAAAGAUUGUCUCGUUUU